AGUAAAGUGAGGCAUGCGACUCCGAAAGGUUGUGCAGAAUGUAUGCAGUAAAGAGGUACAUUAUUAUCUCGCAACAACGUCAAUACACAGAGUAAGAACUAAGAAAUCUGCAUCAGAAUAUCCUAUGGAAUUGUUGAGUGUUGCAGUGUUACCUUGGUUGGAAAUCCAAUUCACUUCGAACCGAACUUUAUUUUGAACUUAGCCCAUGCUAAAGACGUUUCAUGUUUCCGAUGUCCGGAGAUGUUCUCACGCCCUAACGUCAUUAGACCACGAACCCUAUAUCGAUACAUACAGUCCACGGUCACAUGACAGUCAUGCUUCGACAGACACUGUGCGUGUGUCGACAGAUUCCGGCUUCACUGAGAAGAACUGUUCCUCACUUUUGUGUGCGCUUGAUACAGAAUUCAGCAGUUGACCGCACAAAUGUAAUCCAAGUGCCAAAGAGAAUUAGUCAUCAAAUAGACAAACUUCAGAAAAGCCGGGGUCCCAUCAAGUGGCGAGGCCGCCUUUUUAAUGCCUAUCCCGGCAAAGAACUGAUCUCGGCUAAGAGGAAGGAGUUCAACUACUACCAGAACCAGACAUACGAUAAGUUUAAGCCCUCCAAGCUUGCGAGUGAUGGCUGGAAGCACAAACGUUCCUGUGGGGAUCAUUUCACCAUCUUAGCCUUCCGAGGGAACCCAUCUCUGCAGGACAAAGAGGAUGACACAGGCACACCCUCAAAUUUUGCUGCUUUUAACCUGAAUGAGAAACUUUUAAAUGCCUUGGAGACUAUGGACAUUGAAUCACCAACUAAAAUUCAGUCGGCUGCUAUCCCAUCCAUUUUGAGAAGCAGGAACGUCCUGUGUGCUGCAGAAACCGGAAGCGGCAAGACCCUAGCUUACCUCCUGCCCAUCCUGCACCUGUUGCUGUGGGAGAUGGCCACACAUGGCCGAGUUACUCAAGCUGGCCGGCCCAGGUGUCUUGUGUUGGUGCCUGCCUGGGAGCUUGCUCAACAAAUAAAGUUCGUUGCAGCAUCCCUGUUGAAAGAGACGUGUAUGGUAGCAAGGCAUCUCGACGGCAGCAAGUCAACCAAGUCUUUGAGACAUUCCUUUCUCACUCCAGCUGAUGUCAUCGUUAGCACGCCCGGCUCCAUCCUGAAUAGCCUCCGACAAAAAUUCAUGACGUUAGAAGACACAACCCACGUAGUCAUCGAUGAAUGUGACACCAUGUUGGAUGACAGUUUUUGCAGUAGUCUGCUCAACAUUCUGAGGAGAAUGCAUAUAAGCGCUACAGCUCAGUCAAAGAAGAAACCCUUUGCAGAGACACAGCUCGUACUGGCUGGUGCCACCAUGCCCAAAAAAGCAGCGGAUACUCUGAAGGACAUUCUGCCUGAGAGAGCUCUUGAGAUUAUCGCCACCUCACACUUGCAUCGGAUCAUGCCGCACGUCAGCCAGAAGUUUCUACGUUUACACUCCCAAGACAAAGCAGCCACAAUUCUUAAAAUUGUGACCAAAGACAACAAGCAGAACAAGCCCAUCAUGAUAUUUUGCAAUGACGUAUCCACGUGCAACUGGCUGGCUUGGUUUCUGGAGGAGAGCAACAUCAACGUGUUGAGGCUGAACGGGGACAUGGAUCCGGAGAAACGUCUGGGAAUAAUGCGUUCAUUUCAGAAGGGAGUCUGCAGUGUGCUAGUAUGCACGGAUAUCGGCUCAAGGGGCAUGGAUACAAUUCAGGUACAGCAUGUGGUGAACUUUGACUUCCCAAAUUUCAUGUCGGACUACAUACACCGUGUAGGGAGGGUGGGGCGAGUUGGCAGCAGGGGUGGUGAUCAUGUGACCAGCUUUGUCGUACACAAGUGGGAGGUGGACUUGGUGCAAAAGAUUGAGAGAGCCGUGAGAAUGCGAGAGAGCCUGCCCAAAGUGAACGCUAACAUCAAGAACAAGCUGCUGCAGAGACUAAUGGACCAGGAGGACAGCAGCAUGUUCUCCUGACAGAUAUCUCUGCGCCAUGUUGCCUCCUGACGAAUCCACAGUUCCUGAAAUGUGACCAGCAGGGUGACCAGAUGAAAAUGGUUCUGCUAGAUGCACGUCAAAAAUUCUGCUAGAUCUGACAAAAAUCUGCGAAAUCACCUAAAUUAAACAAAAGGCUUCAAUGUUUUUGAGGUUCGCAUUCAGUGAAUUCCUGAAAACCUUUUGAAGGCAGCUGUAUGUUUGUUGGAGUGUGCGAAGUAGUUGAAAACAUGCACUAGUUUCUCCAGUGAUCUAGGCAGGAAUUCAGGUACAUGGGAAGGCACCAUUGCGGCACUAUGGCAUGAGCAUUUCACUGUGGCAAUGUUAGCGAUCACCAACUUGAGUCUACUCUGUACAUUAUUAUGAUCCCCCUGCAUUACGUUGCAGGUGUCCACACACCAUCCAGUCCAGUAAUUCCAGUCCAAUCCUUUCUUUGUGAUGACCGCUGAAAGGUCACUGAAGAGGGAUUCAGUGUCCCCCCCCCGCAACAGCUACAAGACGUGUCUUCAUGACAAGUCCAUCCAGAUAUUUUAUAAUGAUGGCGAACUGCUUUCCACCAGAGCGAUUGAUAACCUGUUUGGGGAAACAAAAUUUGUUUAAAAUAUAAAAUCUGCUAAAUUUUUCCUGCUAGAUCGAAACAUUUUUAGAAUUCUGCUAGAAAUCUGCUAAUUUUUCUGUCCAGAGGUUUUUUUUUCCCAAAGAAUUGUAAAUUUAGUCGAAAAUCUGCUGAAAUGGUUACCUGGAAUGGUCAUGUGACUAUGAACGAGCCUCUUUGACCAGAAUGGUGAGCCUCCUGGGACAGUGCUUGCAUGAUGUCACAAACAUCAUCUCAACUCAACUUGUGGAGAUAUCGAAAAAUAUCAUAACAUUCUGUAUUUAAAAUCUGACCAUUGAUUGUGGUCUUAAUCAUUAAUAAACAUAUACUGUCAGUGAUAGAACUUGGGGGCCACAGUAUUUUGGUUGUAUGCCGUUUAUAUUUGGUUAUGAUUUGGGGUCUGAUAUUUUGUAAAUAUCAUUUUGUUAUUGCCAGCAACAUUGGAUAUGUGUGUCUGCGCUACGUUAGAUUUUAUUCUCUCUGCUUAAUAAGGCUUGUGUGCUUUCUGCUAUAUAUAGAUACAUGACACACUUAAGCUGGCAUUGCUUGUCCAUGUCUGUGUGCCCUAAGGGACUGUGAGUGACAAGAAGACGAACCCUAUUUCCUGAGACAGAAGGCCAAAGGAUAUAGGACGCUCUUUGAGUCACUCACAGGACCAAGGUGAGCAUGGACCUGCAUGCCAGUCUGUAAGUGUUUUAACACCUCGUCCAAACUGUAAAAAAGAGAAGAAACUUUUCAGGGUUUUAUAAUAGAACUGUUUUAUUCCAACUCAUUAGCAAUCCAACAAGCAAUCCAACAAGCAAUCCAACAAGCAAUCCAACAAGCAAUCCAACAAGCAAUCCAACAAACAAU